AUGGCCAUCAGGUCUCUCGCCUUCAACGAGCUGUAUGGGAGCAUACCAAGCACUCUCACCAAGCUUACACAGCUCACAUACUUCGACCUCUCCCACAACUACCUCACAGGACCUGCAGUCACGCCUCUUGCUGCACGCACCCUGGAUCUCUCCAGCAACUUCCUCUCGGGCACCCUGCCCGACUGGGCGUGCCAGCCUCUCUCUUUUGAUGCCAACUGCUUCACCCUGCCACUUGGCUGUGCCUUGGUACCGCAGUGGCAGGAGGCAGCAUGCAAUGCAUUCUGUGGCGUCUCCUCUGCUGCUGGUGCUGCUGCUGCGUGUGGUGGACAUGGGGUGUGCUAUCCAGAGGGAGCUAGCUUGGCACCCACAUGUCUGUGCGACGCGGAAUUUGUGCAAUUUGGAAAGAUCGGCUGUGUUGCUCUAGGCCAGAAUAAGAAUUACUCAAGCAGCCAGCCGGUUCUCCCGCCAGCAUCUGUGCUCACCAAGGGGACGCAGCGCGAGACAGGGGGGAACUUCACUGCAGCGCCGGUGACGCUGUUUGUGUACGAGGCAGGGCAGACGGUGUUGGGGUGUGGGCUGCAGCUCGCCUUCCACGCCAACUUCACCUUCUCCCUCUCGCCUCGAUCUGGGCGCGUGGGCUUCAAUGGCUUUGCAUUUGUCGUCUCUGCGACGGACCAAGUGGGGAGUGGUGCAGGUGUGGGGUAUGGUGGAAUGGAUAAGCGGAGCAUGGCGGUUGAGUUUGACACUUUGCAGAACAAGAAGCACGGCGACCUGAGCAGCCAGCAUGUAGGGCUGAACAUUCGAGGCGAGGACAAGUCAGUAGCUGCUGUGAGGUCCCCCUUCCCUCUGAGCAACAGGAAGGCGUACACGGCGUGGGUGGACUAUGAGCCGGGGGACCCCGGCACCAUCCAGGUUUUCCUGGCUGACUCGCAGGAGAAGCCGCAGGAGGCACUGCUGGAGAGGAGGCUGGCGCUGUGUGAGGUGCUGCAGGGUGCAGCCGAACGGCCUGCCUUCUUCUUUGGCUUCGUGGCGUCCACCACUGUGAAGCCGUUUCAGCGGCACGUCAUUCUUGAAUCCACCGUGGACACAGGUAAGAAGAGUGUGCUGGCAGGGCAAUGA